GUGAGAUCUGUACCAUUCAUUGACGAAAGGAAGAUUGAUACAUCGACUGGUUCAUUCCUUUGCCUAUACAGCUAGUCUAUUGUCAUUUAUUACAGCAAAUAUGAUGACUAUUCCUUCAGAAUAUUUUAAGUCAAAAUCUUCUUUCCAGUCUUCAUCUUAGAAAUGGAUGUUUCAACAAAAAUAUUCUGGGUAGUUUUCAUCCUGGUAUUUGCAGAUAUCGUUUUAUUUAUUUGUUUCUGUAUUUUCUAUAAUGGCACAGUGUCCUAACUUUUGUACGGCUGGUGACAUAACCUGGACUUUGGUCUGUUCCUGGCAAAGCUGUAGUGUUGGUUUGAUGAGAUGUAAGGGACGGUCAUGGUCUGUAUUAUUCCCGCUAUAUAAAGAAAAGAAUAGCAAGUGUUUAGCAAUAUCAGGAUCCAUAUUACGGUUUAAUUUAAUUUCAGGAUCAUCUUAUUCUAAUUAACAGUAAACACAUAUCCAGGCUUUGCAGAAUUUCUGGUUUGAUCACUAUGGUUUUCAAUAAGUCCUUUCUUCAAGUGUUUCUAUUGAGUUACUCGCUAUCUGUGGAAAAUUCCAAGAUGUGUAAAAGAUGUGCUUUGGGAGGCACGCUUACAGGAAGAAGAGAAACGUUAAGCACAAGCCUCUGUGGGGAUUUCACAGCCAUGUGAACGACCGACAAUAACCUCGCAUGUGUCCUCUUGUUCUCUUUUCCACCCUUCUUUUUCCUUCCCUCGCUCUUACUCACCCACCCAUCAUCUCUUCUCUCAUUCUGCACUUUAGCUGGAUUUAUCCCCUGCUUUAGGGUUUCACAAAGCCUUAAUUUUAGAACUAUAAAGUACCCAACCAGAGGUCAAGGUUCUUCUGAUGGCAUCCAUGCUACUGGAGAGGGUACACAUGAUGUGCUGCUAGCAACACAUCGAGCAAGAUGGACAGAGAAUAGCAAAUUGUAACACUAGGGGUGCAGUGUUAGUUCGUUAUGAAAAGUGAAUGUGUGGAAGAUGUCCACCCUUUCUACGACUGAUAUCACUGAUGUUGGUCAUGGGGGAUCUCUGUGCAGUGUCAGUGAAGAGUGCCCUUCAGCAGGGCCGCCAGAAGUAAAACAGGAGAGCCAGUCUUCUCUCAGUCAGACAGCCUUAUACACUUCACACAAUGAGCUGAAUGAAACACUGCUCUUGGAAUCUAGUGACAUCAAGAUGUUCCCCUCAGAAAAAUCACCUGCACGAGAGGGUCAGCCAGUGAAGAGAAAGAAGGGCCCUGCCCCUAAGAUGCUGGGGAACGAGGUGUGUAGUGUUUGCGGAGACAAGGCAUCUGGCUUUCAUUACAACGUUCUGAGCUGUGAGGGCUGUAAAGGUUUUUUCCGACGCAGCGUGAUCAAAGAAGCGCAUUACACCUGCAAGAACUCGGGCCGCUGCGAGAUGGACAUGUACAUGCGCCGCAAGUGUCAGCAGUGCCGUCUGCGGAAGUGCAGGGAGGCAGGGAUGCUGGAGCAAUGUGUGCUGUCAGAAGAGCAGAUCCGACUGAAGAAGAUGAAAAAACAGGAAGAAGAGACCGCACGCACAUCUCUAGUGGCCACGCCCAGCCCCGUCCCUGAGAUGCCCCCUCUGGCUCCAGAACAGCAGGAGAUGAUAGAAAAGCUGGUGGCCAUGCAGAAACAGUGCAACAAACGCUCCUUUCUGGACCGGCCCAAAGUUACUCCUUGGCCACAGAGUCAGGACCCACUCAACCGAGAGGUUCGACAGCAGCGGUUUGCUCACUUCACUGAGCUGGCCAUCAUGUCUGUGCAAGAGAUUGUAGACUUUGCUAAACAGCUGCCUGGCUUCCUGGAGCUCACCCGAGAGGACCAGAUCGCCCUGCUGAAGACCUCAACAAUAGAGAUCAUGCUGCUAGAGACUUCCAGACGUUACAACCCAGCGCUAGAGAGCAUCACUUUCCUCAAAGACUUCAGUUACAAUAAAGAGGAUUUUGCUAAAGCAGGACUGCAAUUAGAGUUCAUCAACCCCAUCUUUGAAUUCUCUAAGGGCAUGAAUGACCUACACCUGGAUGAGGCAGAGUACGCUUUGCUCAUAGCUAUCAACAUUUUCUCAGCAGACCGUCCCAAUGUGCAGGAUCACGAUUUAGUGGAAAGACUACAGCAACCUUAUGUUGAUGCCCUCCGCUCUUACAUCAGAAUAAAACGACCCAACGAUCACUUGAUGUUUCCCCGAAUGCUGAUGAAGCUGGUCAGCUUACGUACACUGAGUAGUGUCCACUCGGAGCAAGUCUUUGCUCUACGCCUCCAAGACAAGAAACUUCCACCUCUGCUCUCUGAAAUCUGGGAUGUUCACGAGUGAGCCAGUGCUCCACCCCAGGACAGAACGGCAAAUGAAACAUAGUCAUGGUGGGGGGUCUCUCAAGACGAACACUGGUGUGGUGACUGACCUCAUAUUGUCCCCAAGGGUCUAAAAUGUCUCCCACUCUGGCAUGGAGCCAAUCAUAGGAAGUCUGGUUUAUCAUUCUCUUCCGUACAUAUUUUGGACCCAGUGGCCGAUGGGCCUCUUCCGUUGAAUGUGCUAUUGACAAAUGGUUUUGCCAGAAGUGGCUCAGUGUCCGAUCAGAAUCAGCAAUGGUUAUUUGACCAUCAUGUGAGCGUGGGGAUCUGGAUGCCUAUUCAUUCAGAAGCUUCCUUACUGGUGUGAGGGGCCACGAACAAUGUGGCCAUGAUUUUUUUGUGUGCGUGUCGUUUAUACAUAAUGUUUCAAGGACCAAGAGUUUUUUUGGCAGUGAUUUCUAUUCUCUAAUUCACAAAGUGGUUAUGUUAAAGGCCCGUCAUUACACAAAUGUUUUAUUUACAGUGGUUUGCUGAUUUGUUGGAUGUGGCUUUCAGCCAUCACAUUUUUAUAUUUUGAGUAUGCAUAGAUUGUUAUUUUCCACUUGUUUAAUUAUGAGUAAUCUCUAAUAUUACAUAAUGUUUGACUCACAUUUAGUCUUGUAGUUAACAUAAAAAGCCUUCUAACACCCCAAACUUUAACAUCAUUCUGUACUUUGCACAUGACAGCGACUUUAAAACACGUUACACUGACAUGGCACAUUUGAACGAGUUUUGUUGUAUGUUGGUCUUUUGGAUUGUUUAGUGAAAUGUCUGAUGCAAUAAAUGGGCUGAUUGUUUAAGGUAAUUCACACAACAAGCCAAUGUUUUGGAUUAGUCUAUUAUUUGAAGUGCUGGGUCAAUGUAACGUGUUGUAGGCAGGUAUCAGUUAGAGUCACUGGAGCUGUUAACCCAAAUCAGUUUGCUGCUCAACUUAUAGCGACUACUAAGGGGAUGAGAGAGAAGUGUGAGACCUUGAAAAAACAUACUGGUGAUUUGAUCUUAUCACUGGGUAAUAAAUAUACUGCAGUCUUCUAACAUACUGCUGUCUCUUCGCGGACUAAUUCUUAAACAUAGCUCUGAUCUAUUGGGAGGAUGACUGAUCAGUUUGAUGAUGAAAAAAUUCCCUGGAUCUUGAUAAUGUCAGGAUGCCUUGAUAUAUAACACAGUAAUAUUAAUAUAUUUGCUCGUAUUUAGUCACUUCCCAAAAUAAUAUUUGAAUUUAUACAGUUUUUUUGCCUUUGAUAAUGCUUUUCAAAUUCUAGAGGCAUGUAAAUGCUAAAUCUAAAUUCAUUUAUACCUCACGUACACAUUUCUGACCCUGUCUGUGAAAUGCAGUCUGAAAUACUCGGCCAGUAUUGAAGAUCAAGGUUAUAUUUUCACAGAAUUUUUACAUUAUGUGAGAUGAUUUUAUGUAGAAAACAGCAAAUCACAAAAAACAAUUUCAGCUGCGUUGUCACAGACUGCGUCACAAACAGUAUGUUGUCCUUUUCCCAAAAGACAUUGACAAUGUAAACCAAAACCAUCAAAUCAGUUUGGUUGUAAAUUGGGUUCUGAAAUAAGGAACAAGACAAAUAAGAGAGUGUUGUAAUGUUUAGGUCUAGAGUCUUGCCUCACAUUUAACCAUGCAAGUAACUGACAAGUGUGACCACAAGCAAUUCUGGUUUUACUGGUCUUAAAGAACAUUUGUGAUGGAUGUGCGUUGCGAAUCAAUACAUUUUGAAAACUAACAUUGCUAAAAAACGAUCACAGUUGGUUAGCUGUGGCAUGAUAUGCUUUGACUGUGGGUAUUAUUGAGAGUUGUUUUGAAGCCUGGAGAAAUAGAAGCUGUUCAGUCAUGCCCAUGUGAUUCUUGCAUUUUUUUGGCUUAUAUAAGUCAUAUGCCUGCGUGUAUUUUCAUCUGCUUCCACUCUCUCUGUCUGUUAAGGAAACUGCUUAUUGGUUGCUGUUCAUAAAUUGUAUUUUUAUGCUUUUGUUGAUUUCUAUCAAGCCUAUCAUAAGUCAUUUCAAAUCUUCAAGGGCAUCAAGAUGCAAGGGUAUUAAAGGAGGCAACAACCAAGUUGAUGGUGGAGCAGCCAAAACAGUGCAACAGACUAAUACUCAAUAUCAAAUCUGUAAACUCUGUGAUCUUCCUGUUGAUCUGAUUCUAAAGAAAAAUAAACAUUAUAUCUGCAAACAGGACGUGAGGAGGGAAUAGCAGAUUUCCAGUAGUGAUGAACCUAAUGAACAUUUACUGUCUCUGCUCUGAACUUUCUCUCUGAAAUUAUUGUCUUCUAACAGGUUACCACAUCAAGCGUUUAAUGCAGAGUUGAUUGUAGUUAUAAUUUAUUUGUGUCUUUAGCUCGAUGGACCUCUUUGCGCUGAUCAACUUUGUCUUCAAUAGAGAGUCCUUGAAUGAGGCCGUCAUAGAAAUGCAACCUUUUAACGCCUUAAGUUCUUGGAUAUACUGCUUUAUAUGUAUAAAUUAAAAGUAGACUAAAUGUAUUGUUCUGUGAGAGUAUAUAUUUAUCUGAAGAAGAUUCCGAGAAACUUAGAUGACUAAAAGACUCAACUAUUCUUUAUACAGAAAAACAUUUACUUAAAACAUGGAACCUCCGUAUUGUUUCUGUCUUUUUACUAUUCUGCUGUUUUUCAUAGAUAAGGGUUGACCCUGUAAAUAAAUGAAUCUGAGCUCACAA